GCUAGCUCUGAUAUCUGUAGUUAUUAGCACGGCUGGCAUACACGCUCAAUGGCCGCGACGCGAGCGUGCUUGGUCUCGCUCGUCGUGGCCCUCGCGUUUCUCUUCUUCUUUGAGGGUACUGCCGGGGUCUCGGAACAGGACCUGAGGCAGGUGAGAAGCUUCCUCAAGCGGGUCAACAAGGCUCCUCUCAGGAGCGUUAAGAGCCCAGAUGGAGAUAUCAUUGACUGUGUGCCCGUCUCCAAACAGCCUGCAUUCGAUAAUCCUCUCCUGAAGAACCAUACAAUCCAGAUGCGGCCUUUUUACCACCCAGGAGGUCUGUAUGAUGACUCCAACAAUGUACUUCAUCCAAUCACCCAAACAUGGCACCGGAAUGGCAGGUGCCCUGAGAACAGCGUACCAAUCCGAAGGACCAAGGAGGAGGAUGUCCUGAGGGCCGGCUUGGUCAAUUGGUAUGGCAAGAAGAGGCCCAAGAACAUACUAAAGUUGUACCCUGUGUCUAGUGAUGUGACGAGCGGCCACCAGCAUGCUGUAGCAUCUUCAUCGCUGGAUAAGUACUAUGGAACAAAAAUUACUAUCAAUUUGUGGAAACCAACGACCGAGACGGCCCAAGACUUCAGCCUGACCCAACUCUGGAUCAUUGCAGGUUCCUACGGCAACAAUGACCUCAAUACCAUCGAAGCAGGAUGGCAGGUUUACCCAGCUAUGUAUGGGGAUGCCAAUCCUAGACUCUUCAUUUACUGGACUAGUGACGCGUACCAAAAAACAGGAUGUUACAACCUAUUCUGCUCAGGCUUCGUCCAGACAAAUGAUCAGAUCGCUAUCGGUGGUAGCCUCUCCCCUCAGUCUGUCUAUGGUGGCUCACAGUAUGAAUUCGAUAUUUUAAUUUGGAAGGACCCAACAGGGGGCAACUGGUGGUUGCAAGUAGGAAGCACUAUUGUAGGCUAUUGGCCAUCAUCCAUCUUCUCCUACUUGGCGAGCAGUGCCUCUUAUGUACAAUGGGGUGGGGAGGUGUACUCACCACCUAAUGCCGGCCAAACUUCCACACAAAUGGGCAGUGGACACUUCCCUAGCGAAUGGUACGGCAAGGCCAGCUACAUCAGGAACAUCCAAGUGGUUGAUUCAUCCAACUAUCUCAGGCUACCAAAUGGUUUGGGCUUGAUACAUCAGUGGCCCAACUGCUAUAACGUGCAGAAUGGCACCAGUAGCAACGAGUGGGGCACUUACAUCUUUUAUGGAGGACCUGGCAGGAACUCUAAAUGCCCAUAAUAAACCUUGAACUACUAAUAUUUGCAUAACCGGACGUACGUAAGUGUAUAUUGAUAAGGAACUUCCACCAUCGUUUGUUAUUAUUAGUGUGUAUCCGCACUGCAGACAAGUGUGUAUCUGCACUGCAGACAAUUGUGUAUUGAAUAAGGAACUUCCAUCAUCGUUUGUUAUUACUGGUGUCUAUCUGCACUGCAGACAAGUGUGUAUUGAAUAAGGAACUUCUAUCGUUGUUUGUUAUGAAA